CAUAAAAUUAUUCUUUUUUAACCCAGCUUAAAAUUUCAAUUACUUGUCAUGAUGUCAAGUAAUAUUACAUGAUUGUAAUUAUCUAAAUUUGACAUAGUAAUCCAGUGCUUUUUGCUAGUGGACUUGAGACAUGGUAAUAUCGGCUCAGCAUAUGAGGACAUUUUCAGCAAAACCUAACAGGGAAUCAGUAGAGUUUCUCUGAGUGGUUAUAUGAGCAGAGUCCUGAUAUCCAUGCAUGGCAACUGUUAAAUAUACUGAAAGAAGGGCAGGCUGGGAAUUACAGCUGACAUGUAAUUCCCUUCAUGAGGUUUAUUAAAGUAAAGGGGCCUCUGAGUCAUGACUCAGGCCCUGGGCUAACAGCUACACAUUAGCUGUUUCCUUAAAGAAGCUUUUCAACCUCCCUAGUGUUUUAAGAAGUUAGCACAUCUGUGAAUUAAAGAUCAUAUUUGAUAACAGUGUGAAUCUAAAUAAAGUCAUAGAUAUCAAGAGCUAAAACCUAGGCUAUCAUAAAUCAAAUACAAAUUAGUGAUGAGAUGUGAUCCUUCCUAGUGUUAUUAUUUUUGGUAUUAAGGGCAAAUUGGAUUUCCUUCAACUGAAUGCUGUUAUUUCGUGCUCAAAUAACUUAAGACAAAAACUGUGGCUUAUCAAAAUUAAACAAAAAAGUUGCUAAGCUGGAGUGGUGGUAAGAAGAUGAAAUAUGGUGACUUCACUGGUGUGUGAGCCUCACUCCCCUCCAUUGAGCUCAACAGAAGAACCCAUUCAUGUCUUCAGCUGAGUCCAUUGUUCUUUCCAAUGUAUUGACAUUUAAAGUCUUUUGGAUGAAGUAACGGAUUUUGAAGAGGUUAUAAGGCCAGUCACAGUUCUGAGGAACUUUGGAUAUCUUAUUUAUGUUACCAUGACAAUCUCACUUUAGACAUUCUUCAUCUACAUGAUUGAAGUUAAAUCCAAGGAGUGGCAGGCCUGAUCCUGAACCCAGGGUGUCCAUCACGACCAGACCACGUCUUUUUGUUUUAACUUGAUGAGAGAUAUGAGUGAGGAGAUAACACUGACAAAUUCAGGAGACUUUCAAUCUACAGAGUCUCAGGAAUUUCAAACCAGGAGCAAAAGGAGAUUUUACCCUUCUCAAGUCACCAGCCUUCGUUUGAUGAUUGUAGUCUUCCUUUCGGUGAUUGUAGCCUUGGGAGCGUCUUUAGCAGUUGAAAAAAAGAAAUUUCAAACCGAUCAUACACGAUGCCUAGAUGACUGGAUUGGUUACCAACAAAAGUGCUUCCUUUUUUCUGAAAAUACAACGACAUGGAAAAUGAGCCAGAGCUUCUGUGCCUCUUACCAAGCAACGCUCGCAGUAUUCAACAGCACAAAAGAACUGAACUUCCUGAAGCGAUAUGCAGACCAUUCUCAUUAUUGGAUUGGACUGAGUCGAGAAGAAGGCACAGAGUGGCAGUGGGCAGACGGAACCAUAUACAACAGUAGGAUUAAAAUCACUGGUAAUGGACAGUACGCAUAUCUACACAAAAAUGGCAUUAGCAGCUCAAGCAGCCAUUUGUUUCAAAAGUGGAUUUGUAGCAAAUGAGAUGCCUACACACCAAGAAAUUAAGGCCUCAUAGAUGUAAGAUAUUCUACAUUAAAUGUAGCUUUAAUUCUUCCUGGGAAAAAAUUAUAUUAAUAUGAUCAUGCAUGAAAUUCAUGCUUAGAACUGUUCAUUCUCGUCUCAUUUCAGAUUUGAUUUCCAAAUCUAGGUUUUGUAAAUCUGUCCAAUUCUUGACAAGCAAGAUGACUCUGUUGUAACCUAUUUAAAAGUUUCUUGGCCUGGGGACAGCUCAGUGGUAGAGCGUAUACUUGCUUACUAUUUGCAAGGCCCUGAAUCUUACCUCAGGUUAGACAUAUAAACAUUCCAAAUCUUAUUAUCAAAUGAAAAAUUUCAUAAUUAAUAUAUUAAGUGUGAAUGAAAAUUGUCAACAUAUUUAAUAUAUUCAAAGAAUAUAUUAAUUCCUUAAAUUGAUUUGAAUUUGAAUUGAAAUUAAUCUCAUGUAUAAUUACCUCCCAAGAGCUCUAACUUGUCUGGAUUUUAGAGGGUUUUCUCCUAACUUUUAUGAUCAAUACUAGCAGUUAGCUAUCUUUUACUUAUGCAAUAUUUGCACUAUUUUUUAAUACAACACAAGUAUGUAGUAUAAUUGACGCACAAGAAUUUUACAGAAAACAAAAUCCUUGCACUGUGGUCUUUCCGUGAGAGGCUUGCCAGCCUGUAAGUAAAUGAAUUGUCUGAAUUAGCACCUCUCUCUACCUGUGACUGCCCAGGGUCUGUCACCUGAUGGGCACUGGGAGUGGUAAGGCUCUAGCACUUAAGGGCGUGUUCUGAACUUUGCUGUUCAAACCUCUCCUAAGACUGAGGGAGAUUCAGUGUUAAACAUCAGCCUCUUCAGAGGAUAGCCGUUCCAUGCUCACUGAGGUUAACACUGUUUCCGUACAGCACACAAGCCUUUCUUAAAGUUACUGUGAAGCUGGUGACAUGCGUCCUAUGGCUGAAAUUUAAAUGGUCAUGGGAUGAAACCCAGAAUGAGGCAAGAGCUUGGUACCUUUGUCUGCCAUUGCUGACCACCUUAGCCUCUGUCUGUCUACUCUCUUCACCCUCAUUCUUCCUUCCUUUCUUUUUCUUUCUAUGCUUCCAAUAUCCCCACUGCUAUAAGUGUUCCUUUGAUUAUUUCAGUCCCAAAAUGAAUAGAGGAGAUUACUCUUCACAGUUAAGUACAUCAAGUCAGUAAGAGACUAAAAAAUGCAAUGUCCUUUCUAGCCAGAACCCACCAUGGCACAUGGAAUAGAACUCGGGAAUUUGUUCCUUGCAUCUUUAUGCAAUCUAGUUAUAUUGAAUAAUUACUCCACCAUUCUCCUGUAUCAGGAAUAAACUAAUAGGCUACAAAUGGUAGUGGUGGAAUCUUAGAACUAAACUUAUAAAUAAUUCAGAAAAUCAGAGACUCAAUAAGUGUGUGGCUUUAGUGUUUUUACCAAAUACUACAAGAUGUACAAAAACAAAUUUGUCAGGCAUAAGAAGUGGUUAGUGGCAGAGCAUAAUGAAAUAGCCAAUGAAAUUAUCACAGGAAAAAUAUUUUCAGGUGGAUAAGUAAAGAAAAAAAGAAUGAACAAAAGGAAGAAAGAAAGAAAGAAGGAAGGAAGGAAGGAAGGAAGGAAGGAAAGAAAGAAAGAAAGAGAGAGAAAGAGAGAAAGAUAGAAAGAAAGAAAGAAAGAAAGAAAGAAAGAAAGAAAGAAAGAUUGAUUCUUAGGCAGACAAGGCAGUUUAGGUCUAUAAUUCAAUACUGGGGAGGCGAAGGCAGGAGGAUCUCAGGUUCACAGUCAAUCUGUGCUAUAUAAAAAUAACCUGGGCAGCGAGGCAAAACAAGAAAAAAGGACAAAUACAUUUCUACGCAGAAAAUUCUCACCAGAAACAAAAGGCUCUUGUGAGGUUUGCACAAUUUAAAAGUUGUGAGUUACGAUGGCCUAGAAACAUUGGAAUGAUGGAGUUUUUAAAACUAAGAGUUCAGGAUGGGAGCAGACACUAUGGACAAAGUGACCACCAUGAUCACUUAGAGAAUUAUAAUUCAGGCUGAGUGGGUCAGCUUUGCUAGGAAAUUACUAACUAACUAGAUGGGUUUGUGACUCCUUCAAAUGUGACCCCUCAGCUUUAAUGAUUGUUCUUGUGCUUUUCUGAAUUUUCUCUGAAUUUUGGUAAAACAAGGAAUUUUAUAUAAACUUUUGUUGUUGUUGUUGUUGUUGUUGUUGUUGUUAUAUAGAGGAAAAUACAAUGAGGGUAGUACCAGCCAUGAUGGCAGGGAGAACAGAGAGAAGCUGAUGGUUUGGGGGAAUCUUAGACAUAAAUUUAAUCAACACAGGAUGAGACAGACAAGGACAAAUUGGCAAUAUAAUCAAAUCCCGAGUUUGUGUCUCAGUUUACCAAAUGUAUUCCAGCACUGUCAGCCGACACAGAAAGGAGGGGGUACUGAGACAAGCUGAGCUUCACAGGGGGGUGCAUAUUCCUGGCAGAAAUUCAGCCAGAAGCAAGAGGUGCAGCCAUGGGAAUAAGAAAGCGGUCUGGGAUGAACACCGGAGACAGACAUCAGGAGAGCUGCAGGGAUGUGAAGAGAAAGCCUAGAGGAUGAGAGGAGAGAGGUGGGGGCAGGGACAACAAGCAAGCAGCCAUCACACUUAUUUCCAUGGUGCAAAAAGGAAGGAAGGAAAGAAGGAAGGAAGGAAG